UCGGUUGUUCAAGUGGUAGGAGAAAGAGGACAUAUGUCUCGUGGAAUAUACAUCGAGUUCAGCGUCAGAGAGCAGUCGGUCAGUCUCAGUGGCAAUUCCAACAUCAAAUUAAACGCGCGCUCCGAGAUUCAAACUGUGAUUGCAUUCAAGUUGUCAUUACAACAUUUUAAUCUGCAUUUUCCGUCAGCCCCAGGGCCUUUUAACUCCAAUAAUUGAAGACAAUUGAUUCAAUUGUUGUGCCGUGUCACUCAUUUACUUAUUUCCCGCGAAAUGUUGAAGACUGCAGUGUAAACUAAGAGAGCAUUGACCGUCACAGUGACUUCCACGUGUUGCAUUGAAAUCCUUUGUCAUGGAGGUUCUGAUGCACGAGGCCUCCACCGGGGUAUCUCCGAUUGCACAGGAUAAUGUGACUCCUGGGGAAAUUUCAGCGCCGAAAAUAGAGCGCGUGAGUGAGCAAAAAAUUCAGAGGAACGGUUCCGCGGGGGGUUGGAAGGGGGAGUCGCAAUUACUUGCCAAGGCUAAGGCUGAUCAUGAAGUCACGGAUAUUGUGUUUGAAAACAUAAGCUACCGGGUUGGCUUAGGAUUAUUUCGAAAAGAUUACAAGCAAAUAUUGCACGGUAUACACGGACGACUCCCUGCAAGACAGCUGAUUGCCAUAAUGGGCCCUUCCGGUGCCGGAAAAUCCACCCUCCUCGACAUUCUCUCCGGCUAUCGUCUAACCGGCAUCAGUGGUAAUGUUUACGUUAAUGGACAAACACGUGAUCUAGAUGCAUUCAGAAGAUCAAGUGCCUACAUAACUCAGGACGAUCGUCUUCAGCCCCUCCUCACUGUGAUUGAAAAUAUGAGAGUCGCUGCUGAUCUCAAACUUGGUACGAAUAUACCAAGACAGACCAAAGAACAAAUUAUCAAAGAAAUACUUGUUACACUGGGACUGUUCGAUCAUCAGGCAACAAGGGCGAGUAGAUUGAGUGGUGGACAGCAAAAACGACUGUCAAUUGCCCUUGAGUUGGUUAAUAAUCCAACUGUCAUGUUCCUCGAUGAACCCACCACGGGAUUAGAUAGCUCCACGUGUAUGCAAGUUGUCCAGUUGCUCAAGGUUCUCGCGAGACAAGGAAGAACGAUUGUAUGCACCAUUCAUCAGCCCAGCGCUUCGCUAUUCCAGUUAUUCGAUCAAGUACUUGUUGUGGCCAACGGCUACUGCCUGUAUCAAGGGGCCACUGAUCAAUUAGUACCCUAUUUGGAGAGUGUUAAACUACCAUGUCCGAUAUAUCACAAUCCAGCUGAUUAUGUUAUUGAAUUGGCCUGCGGUGAGCACGGUUACGAUAAAAUCGAAAACCUCGUUAAUGCAUCCGACAAUGGGAGAAAUUUACAGUGGUUCAAUAAUAAAGAGCGCUUUGUGUCGUCAAUCGAGGUCGCUAUUGAUUCAUCCAAAGGUGGAGAACAAACACCAGACGCGGAUGAAAAAAGAGGAAAAUUUGAUGAGGAGGAGAGUGAAAAAAGCAGUAUAUUAAAAAAGCUGCGCAAGAAGAAAUCUCUGCAAGCUACGUCACAACUUCAUCAGUUGAAAAUAUUGCUGCAACGAGGAUUUAUAAAAAGUAAAAGAGAUACGACUUUAACAUAUCUAAGAUUGCUGGUUAAUAUUUUCACGGGCAUAAUGCUCGGAACACUGUUCAUCGGUGCUGGUAAUCAGGGACACCGAGUUCUGGAAAAUUAUAAUCUACUUUUUGCUAUUCUAAUGCAUCACAUGAUGACAUCCAUGAUGUUAACAGUUCUUACAUUUCCGUCGGAGAUGAACAUUUUGAAGAAAGAACAUUUCAACAGAUGGUACAGUCUCAAAAUGUUCUACGUAUCGGUGACUAUCAUCGAUAUACCCGUUGCUGUGAUAUGCUGUGCAGCAUUUUCGGGCAUCAUCUAUGUUAUGUCUGCACAGCCCAUGGAGUGGAGCAGAUUUUCAAUGUUCUUCACAAUUAGCAUGCUCGUUGUUUUUACUGCUCAGAGCUUUGGUCUCGUCAUCGGAGCUGUCUUCAGUGUUGUGAACGGGACAUUCUUGGCGCCGACCCUCUCAGUCCCGAUGAUGAUGUUCGCUGGUUUCGGGGUCAACUUGCGUGACCUCCCGGGGUAUUUGAGGCCCGGAAGUUACCUGAGUUACUUGCGAUACGGCCUAGAAGGCUACAUUCACGCGAUUUACGGAGAAAAUCGCGACACCCUGGAUUGCGCGAAGACGGAGGAGUACUGCCAUUACAAGUAUCCAAAGAAGUUUCUGAAUGAAAUUGUGGCCAUGGCGCCCGAUCAAUUUUGGAACGAUGUCUUUGGACUGACUGUUCUGCUACUAGUGUUGAGGAUAAGUUCCUACUUCCUGCUGAGAUGGAAGCUGCAGUCUGCACGAUAAUGAAUUAACCACUUCGAUAAUUAAUGAGUGAAAUGCCUAGGAAUAUUUCUGUUGUGAACGAGAGUAAAGAAAUUCUUGGCGUUGCAUGCGGCGCAAUUUUUUAACUAUUUUUUUACGAAAAAUAGUCAUGUUCAGUAACUCGUUACUGACAGUUACAGGCGACUGUGGGGUGCAAAUUAUUUUAUUAUUGUUGAUAAUGGUGGACUGUGACACUCAAGGAACUUCCCUGUCGAGUAAGAAUUAGGAUUAAUGUGCACUGAGAAUAUUGUAAAUGAGAAUAAUAAAUAGUGGUAUUUUUUUCA